AACUGCCGGAAGUCGCUUCGACCGACCAGGAAGCGGAUGCGGAAGUGAGUAGGUUCCGGGAGUUGGGACAUGGAGUCCGGGCAAGUGCCGGUGUGGCGCGGCCUGGGGCUGCUGGGAAGAGGCGCGGAGAGCCCCUCGCUGGGGCCCGGCGGUUGCGAGCGGAGGCUGCUCUGGGUGGCGUCUUUGCUUUGCGUCUUGCUGGACUUGCAGUUGCCAGGUCUGCUGGCUGCCGGACAAGCUGAAAUUGAGAACCACCUGGAAAUGGGUCGGAAGCUCUUGGCGGCUGGGCAGCUGGCUGAGGCUCUGUCCCAUUACCACUCGGCAGUGGAAAUCGAUCCCAAGAACUACCUUACGUACUACAAACGGGCAACCAUCUAUUUGGCCAUGGGCAAGUUCAAGUCAGCACUGCCGGACCUCUCCAAGGCUAUUGAGCUCAAGCCGGAUUUCCUGGCUGCACGACUGCAGCGUGGCAACAUCCUCUUGAAACAAGGCAGCACGCUGGAGGCCAAGCAGGACUUUGAAGCUGUGCUCAAGAGCAAUCCAGAGAACACGGAGGCCCAAAACCAACUCGCCCGAGUCAGCGAACUGGAGCUUUCCAUGCAAGAGGCCCGGACUGCCUUCCAGAGGAGAAACUACCUCGGAGCGAUCAGUAUUCUGGAUCGAGCAAUUGAGAUUUCUCCCUGGGACCCGGAAGCCAAGGAGCUGCGCUCCGAGUGCCACUUGUUCCUGGGCGACUUCAACAAGGCCAUCCUGGACCUGAAGCCCACCACCAAGCUGCGCAACGACAACCGGGGGGCUUUUCUGAAGCUGAGCAAGCUCUACUACAACUUGGGGGAGCACGAGGAGUCCUUGAACCAAGUGCGGGAGUGCCUGAAGCUGGACCAGGAUGACAAAGACUGCUUCUCCCACUACAAGCAAGCGAAGAAGCUCUCCAAGCAGCUGGGAGCGGCCGAGGAGCAUGUCAAAGCCCAGAGAUACGAAGAAGCCAUCGAGAAGUACAAAGCAGCCGUCAAAACCGAGCCCAACGUGGCAAUCUACACCACCAAGGCAAAAGGACACAUCUGCCACUGUUUAACCAAGAGCAAACGGCCCCGCGAAGCCAUCGACGUUUGCACGGAAGCCCACCACCUCGACCCCAGGAACAUCUUCAUCCUGAGGGACAGAGCUGAAGCCUACAUCCUGAACGAGGAGUUCGAGAAAGCUGUUGAAGAUUACCAAGAAGCCAAAGAGUUUGACGGGGAAAACGAAGAGUUGAAAGAAGGGCUGGAGAGGGCGCAGAAGCUACUCAAGCAGUCCAAGAAACGAGACUAUUACAAGAUCCUGGGGAUCCGAAGGAACGCCAACAAGCAGGAAAUCAUCAAGGCCUACCGGAAGCUGGCUCAGCAGUGGCACCCUGACAACUUCCAGUCAGAAGACGAGAAAAAGGAGGCAGAGAAGAAGUUCAUUGACAUCGCAGCGGCAAAAGAGGUCUUGACAGAUCCAGAAAUGCGGCAGAAGUUCGACUCUGGAGAGGACCCCCUGGACCCGGAGAAUCAGCAGGGAGGGGCCGGGCACCAGCACCACUGGCCGUUCGAAUUCAACCCGUUCGGCUCGGGGAACUUCCACUUCAAAUUUCACUUCAAUUAACUGGGCCGAGCCAGGGAGGCGAAACUGUGGCUGGCAAAGGGACGCGCGAACCCCCUCUGGCCCUGCUUCACCGAGACUGCAGGAGCGAACCGCUCUCUUCUGGGAACGAGAGUUCUGCCGCGGGAGGGUGAGGUUGGGGGCCGUAAUCCAGACAUCUCUUUCCCCGACAGCUGGGUGCUCUUGGGCAAGAGGGCUGACGUCUGACGAAGAGAGCGUGACUUUGUUUAUAAGCGACGUGGCCCGACCCGCCGGUGUCCGCGGGGCGUCCCGUGCAUGCAAAGCCCCCUGGAAUCCCUACCAUUGAUGGAGAACCUCAAAAAAGAGAAAUUUUGAUUGAUCCAGCGGGGUAUAAUUUUUCCGGCGGCUGGGCUGGGCUACAUGUAUUUUCGGGGCAGGGAAUCAAAGCUCUCUUCCUCUCGCCGUUAAUAUAUCAAGGAACUUCCACUGGGAGCUGAGCGUUGUAAGCUCUUCUUUGCCACGUCUUGGUCUGAAGGUACCCUUUUAAACAGAAAAAAAAAACCCCACAGAAAAAGUGUGCCAUUUGUUGUCUCGUCCAGUUGUUGUUCCCACAUCCCCUCGGGAGGAAGUGCACACAGGGCGAUGCGACGGGUAAGGCAAACCCCUUCAGUGAUCGAGAAGGAACGGGUGCACUGAGCCCAGAGACCGUGUCCUCUUCCGUUAUCCAUGCCUUCUGCGUUCCUUUCUUUUUGGGUGGCCGUCUUAGAACCAUCGUCUUUGUCUGGAAGAAGCAUCCUUUUCUCCAAGGACGGGACAGGAUGGUUACCCACCCCGUUUUGUUAGCAUGUCUUGUCCAGCAGUAAGAAAAUGGUUAUUAUCACAACGGGGAAGACUCUGGUAUUACAUACUGACUGUUGCUCCCCUUCAGAAUCCUAGGCCUAUCAGUAGGACCCCAGUUUUGGACUUCUGGGGGGCUCAGUUCCCUCCCUUUCCCUGCCAGCCUGAUUGUUUCCACUAUGACUGCUUCACGGGAGAUUCUGCAGCGGAGUGGGGACCCCCAUUGUUAGCUUUUGAUUUUUUUAAACUUUUCUUUUUCUCCCUUCCCCUCUGGGAAGGAGGAGGAGGCGCUGCCUGCUCUUCACCCCCCCCCCCUUCCCUCACAGUACAGCAAUUAAAACCCCAGUCUGUUCUAAUCAUCGUUCCAGCGAUGGAGAAGAAAUGUUGCAGAGGGCCAUUACCUCCGUCUUUACCGAAAGUGUCAAGAUUAAAAAGUUCGUAUUGCAAAACAAA